AUGGCCCGAUUCAGCACUCCUUUAGUCGGCCUUGCCCUAUGCCUCUCCGUCCUAGUCACAGGCCUACCCAUGGACGGACUCAACGACCCCUCCCCAGACGGCGCCAUGUCUGUCGACCAGGCUUCUACGAUCGCCUUCCAGUCCCUAAAGUCCGCCGCCGACAUGAUGGGCGAAAUGAACGGCCUCACCUACGACAACUCCCAAACCGACGACGACGGCAACCUCGUCCUGCCUCCUUCAGCCAGCGAGCUCGCGGCCGUUGCAGCCGCCCAGUCUGCGAAGCCUACUCCCACUGCCACCCCGACGGCUACUUCCCGCGCUGCGGCUAGUAGCACUACGCCCUCGGCGACGCCUGCGCACACUACUACCUCUAUUAAGAAUAAUCCGCUAGGGAACUUGAAAAUUCCUAUUCUUGGGCCGCUGCUUGGUGGGAAGGGUCUGUGA